GACUCCACUCUCUGAGCGAGCCGUUCUGACCCCGCCCUCUUAGCGAGCCGCUCCGACUCCUCCGCCUGAGAUCCUCUCUGACCUCGACCGCUGAUCGAUCCGAUCUGGCCCCGCCCCACUGAUCGAUCCCCUCUGACCCUGCCCCCGCGUGAGCGAGCUACUCUGACCCCGUCCCCUGAGCGUGUCGCUCUCACUCCGCCCCCUGACCGUGACGCUCUCACUCCGCCCCCUGACAGUGACGAGUCAAACGCGACAAAAAAAGGGAAAAUAACAGUGAUUCCAGAGGAAAGUCACAAUCGAAUAAAUCGACAAAUCUCGAGUGCGUGAAGGUGAAGAAGCCUACAGUAAGAGACUUGGGCAAUUCACAGAGAGAAAAAACCUCCUACAAUCGCUGUAAAGUGAGAGAGAGGAAACGCAGAGGGACAGAGAAAGCCUCAUGAUGCUUGGUUCUGAUUCUGUGGAGAAGGGAACAUCCAGUGAAAUCCCUAAGGAGAAAGGUCCCAGUCUGCGAACACAUCCCUGGAGUGAUACAGUGCCAUGCAAAAAACGGGAGGAGUAUCUCGAGUGGUCAGAAUAUUUUAUGGCUGUUGCUUUUCUAUCAGCACAGAGGAGCAAGGACCCAAACUCCCAGGUUGGCGCUUGUAUCGUGAACCCUGAAAACAAGAUAGUUGGCAUUGGGUACAAUGGGAUGCCAAAUGGAUGCAGCGAUGAUCUUUUACCGUGGGCAAGAACUGCCUCAAAUAAACUGGACACAAAAUACUUGUAUGUUUGUCACGCAGAAUUAAAUGCGAUUCUGAACAAGAACUCUGCUGACGUUAAGGGAUGCACGAUGUAUGUGGCCUUGUUCCCCUGUAAUGAAUGUGCUAAACUCAUCAUCCAGUCAGGCAUAAGUAAAGUUACUUAUAUGUCAGACAAGUACCGUGACACACCAGAAAUGAAGGCCUCCAAGCUCAUGUUGGACAUGGCUGGUGUAGAAUGCAGCAAAUUUACUCCAAAGAAUAAAACAAUAACCAUUGAUUUUGAGUCAAUAAACAUGGUGAAAGUUGUUUAGAAAUGUGCCAGACUGCCUCCACAUCAUCGCCAUGAAGCUGCAUCCUGGAGAAUCUCAUUUUCUACUUCCAUAUUUUCCAAGUUUGUUUUUGUACUUACUCUUUCAAACAAAUGUCCUGCUGACAGUCUGUAUUCUAAACAGUACAGAUGGAUCAGUGAAUGUAUCACAAAUAUAGUAAAAGAGUUUUUUUUUUGUUGCAGUUAAUACUGAGCUGCUGUUGUGCUUCAGCUUGUGUAUAUGCAUUUAUUUUGUUUUCUAUGUUUACAGAAAUAAAUCUUCGGUAAGUCA